AGAAAUCCAAAGUUGUCCGGUUAUUGGGACCGUCAGCUUCCAAUGGUACUGGCCGUGUGGAAGUAUUCUACAAUGGACGAUGGGGAACAGUAUGUGAUGAUAGUUGGGAUAUAUAUGAUGCUAAGGUUGUAUGUCGUGAACUUGGUUAUCCAUAUGCUGCUAAAGCUCUUCACGGGCGUGACGUUCCUGAUGGAACUGGACAGAUAUGGUUAGAUGACGUCAGAUGUACUGGGAGUGAACAGAGUCUAAUGAAUUGCUCUCAUAACGGAUGGGGAAGCCAUAAUUGUGGACAUUCUGAAGAUGCAGGAGUACAAUGUUUUGCAGCGUUAACAGGUAAAAUUAUAACAUUGCUUUUAACGACACGCGUAAAACUAUGCCACUCGCGUUGUGCAGGAGCACCCUCCUCUUGACUGGUGAAGUCGUUUGCCAUUGGAAAUGGCAAACGACUCAUGCCCACUUAAAGAGUUAAUCGUGUACGAUUCGUUUUCUGGCGUAUGUCAUUGAGUAAACAUGCAUGCGUAAGCUGGCUACAUUUGAAAUUUCUUUUUACCGAAACGGCAAUGAAUUAUUGCGCCAGCGCUCAUUUUAAUAUGCCAUUAUACAAUUGUACACGAUUAAUCGUAGCGUGUAAACGUAGCUUAAAAAUAUAACUUAUUAGUAAUUACUAAUUAAAUUUUCAAUUCCCCAAACUUAUAUACAGUAUGUUAAAUAUGUUAUUACAGUUAAUAUAAGUUUCAAUUUAAGGAAAAUUUCAACCUUAAACACUUCGCAAGAUGUUUUAAAAUGUUCUUUAUAACACUAAGCUGCUCUUAACGGCUUUAUUGGAAAACUUUGAGUUUGAAAUAAAAUGAAAUAAAAUGAAAAUAUACGCAACGAUCAGCUUCAAAGCUGUUAUAAAGCGAACAAUACAUCAAUAUUUAAAUACCUGCUGUAACUUCGUUAACAUCGGUGACUUUACUCCAUUCUUUUAGUAUAUCUUCCGCCUUUAUUUUCUUUAAAAGCUUUUGAAAUCCACAAAAUCUUGCAAGAAAUCAUCAUUCGUCAAUCAUCCAAUCAAGAAAUGUUUGCUAUUUCGCUAUCGUUGUGCAGUCGUUAUAAUGCAAACUAUAAAUUUGACAAAUCAGUGUCCGCUAUUCAUGACAUUCCGCCAUGUUUUUGAGAUCAGUAAGGAUGACCACCAACCGAAACUUCGUUGGUGACCCACACCCGCGGUCAUUGAUGAAGUUUAAACUUUGCUAACGCUUUCGUUUCCCCGGGUGUAAAUAGCCAGGCGGAAUUAGUACCCUCGCCACGGGCUUACUUCCGGAACUUUGCAGGAGUUGCAGGAGCAAUCCUUGCUCUCUAUUUCACUUUCAAUUUUAAUACCUAUUUUUAGUUUGCUGCUGUGAUAACCAACCUCUGUUGUGAUGAAAGUGAAAUGUUCAGUAAUAAAAUGUAAAAUGUGCAAUGAUCAAAUUUCCUGUGAUAACUUGUUAAUUAACAAGAAAAUGAGGACUGAAUUGUGUCGUAGUUAGCAAAUAAUUAUGGUGGGAUAUUUUAGCUGCAGUAAUAGGCGUAGCCGCGUAGGAAUGUAGUCGCAUUUAUGAAAUGUUGAUACGAAAACAAGACACGAUUGUUCAACCGAGGGGAAGCAUUACUCCAUGAUAUUUUGUAAUAAAGAGAAUGCCAGGCUGUCCACUCUGUAGUUAAUGGUUGGUGGUCCCUAACAAAAACGAUGGCGUUAUAUAAAAAAAUAGUUAAAAUGUGGUAGCAGCUUCAGCAGAAAAAUAAAUAUUUCUUGAAAUGCUUGUUUUUUGGAACAUAAACCCGUGUUCUUUGCUGAUUCUCAUCAUCACAGCCGUCAAAGCUACAACAAUCGGAAACAUAUGGGAUGAAGAAUGUAUCAUUUUAGAAUUUUAGGUUUUGUAAUCCAAGUGAGUAUAUAUACAUUUUAAAACCCGACCAGGAACGACUACGAAAAAUGCAGCACAAGGUCCUGAUCAAUGUCCAAUACCUAUGCAAGAUGCCCGAUGGAUAAAUCAAAAGGCCAUUGGAUAUUCCGUUUGUCAAAUGGAUCUCUAAUUGUCCAUUGGAUUUUCGCGUGUCCAUUGGAUCCAAUGGACAAGUGGAAUUUUUAUCGGACAUUUGCCUUUUCAGUUGGUCAAUUAACAUGUCUAGGAAUGACGUAAUGACAAGCAUAUGGACGUCAUGUAGACAGUAGGCCAUUGAGAUAGCCAAACGAAUGCGUCCAAUGGACCCAAUGGAUCCAAUGAGCCUGGAAAUAUCCGUUGGACAUUUGCUUUUACAGUUAGUCAAUUAACAUGUAUUUAAAUGACGUAAUGACGCCAUGUAUAUAGUAUGCCAUUGAGAUGGCCAAACGAAAGUGUCCAUUGGAUAUAAUGGAUCCAAUGGACAUGGAAAUGUCCAUUGAAAUUUUGUUUGUCCAUUGGAUCCAAUGGACAAUUGGAAUUUCCAUCGGACAUUUGCUUUUUCAUUUGGUCAAUUACCAUGUAUUGAAUGACGUAAUGACAAGCAUAUGGACAUCAUGUAGACAGUAGGCCAUUGAGAAGGCCAAACGAAAUUGUCCAAUGGAAUUUCGGUGCAGCGCUCUAACCAACCGAGCUACAGAGGCCAGCUGUUAAGCUGUAACCGUAAGUUCAUGUAUAUAUAGGCAAUCGGUGCGGGUUGUGAUAAGGUAUAGACUUCAAUUAUUUUGGUUUCUUGCACUUCACUUGGUGGAAUUAAUAUUAGAAUUUUAGGGUUCAAACCUGAACAGGAACGACUGCGUUCCCGGUCAGGUUUCGCAGUCGUUCCUGGCCAGGUUUUAAAAUGUAUAUAAUAUACUAACUGGGAUUACAAAACCUAACAUUCUAAUAUUAAUUCUACCAAGUGAAGUGCAAGAAACCGAAACCAAAAUCAUUAAAGAAUUCGAAUGUAUCAUUUUCUCUUUUUCAAGAAUUUUUCCAGGAUAACAACAAUUACCCUGACAUAACGAAUUUGGUACCCAACUACAGCCAUGCAUAGUGCCAGCUCUGUUGGGGGAAUAGGCCAUACAUUAAGUUUUUAUUUUUUCACUUUUCAGUUGUUCUGCCCUUUAAUUUAAAUCGUACAAUUUUUACAGGUGUAUCUGUCAGGUUACAAGGACCAUCAAGUUCCACUGGAGCUGGUCGAGUGGAAGUAUUCUACAAUGGAAGAUGGGGAACAGUAUGUGAUGAUAGUUGGGAUAUAAAUGAUGCUACGGUUGUAUGUCGUCAACUGGGAUUUAUAUCCGCUGUUAGAGCUCUUCAAGGUAGCAAUGUUCCCGACGGAACUGGCCAGAUAUGGUUGGAUGAUGUUUCUUGUACUGGACAUGAACAAAAUUUAAUCAAUUGUUCUCACACGGGAUGGGGAGUUUAUAAUUGCGCGCAUUCUGAGGACGCAGGAGUCGAAUGUUAUUCAAUCGGUAAAAUUGUAAUAUUUUCGAGCGUAGGCAAGCGACGUUUUUUUCAACACGGACGUCAUUACAAACUGAGUUUGUAUCAGUUUGUGGCAAUCUUCAACACAUAUGACAAAACAUAAAAGAUUUCUACGUCCGUGUUGACUAGAACAUCGCUUGCCUAAGCUCACAAAUUGUUUUCAACCAUUCGCAUGAAACUAUCUGGCACUCAUAAUGUGUAACAGCACUUCAUUUUUGACUAUAGUAAUAUCUGUCUGCCUUUAGACAGAGCAAAAUAACAAAGUUGGGCGUCUCAUGGCUUGUUGCCACUUGAAGAGUACGUUAGGCAUUCAAAAUUAUAUACGUUAUUAUACUACCACAGAUAAUAAUUGGUAAUGAUACACGCAAUUUCUACCACAGUGAAACACUAACUUUCUAAAAGGUAUGAAACAAAUGCUUACUUAUCUUUUUUCUGCGUACGAUUAUUCAAUACAGAUGUGGAUGAAUGUUCCCUAGGAUUGGACAACUGUGCGAAUAAUUCUCAAUGUAUUAACACCAAUGGGAGUUUUUUGUGCAGAUGUAACCAUGGUUAUUCGGGAAAUAGUGUAUUUUGUUCUGGUGAGUAGUACUUGGUAAUCCGUAGACAUUACAAUCAUAGUGCGAUCAUUAUGACAGUCAACAGGUCGUCUUUCCUGUCUAAACCAAAUAGUAACUUUCCCCGCAUAAAGAUAAUACUCUAUCACUCUUAGUUACUUUACGUAAUAGCGCCAGUUAUCCAAACUGUGUUAUAAAUACGGAGUGUGGAUUCCAAAUUUCAAAAUUCCGCAUAACAAAAGUUGAAUGCCAAGUGAAAUGAAAGAAUAUACAAGGUUUUAACAUAUCUUUAAUCUUUUGCUAUGAUAAGUUACUUUAGGUUCAACAUAUUGCGUGUAAGAUCGUUCUAAGAAUAAUUAGCAAUUGCUUAUUUAACAUCCGUUCGAAGCCAGUAUAAUUCACACACUCUUGUAAUUUAUAAUAAUGUUUACACACUUUCUCAUUUAAAUAUUUCAAAUGCAAGUCUUCCUCCAACAAAUUUUUAAAUAUAUACUUCAAAAUUUGGAAUGUUAUCACAGAGGUCUUCGUGAGAGGGGGGGAGGGGGGGGGGGCAUAGCCCAUUUCAAAUGUAUUAAACCAUUUCCAUAAAUACGAUGCUAGUGAAAUACAAUACUUUGUCAACCAACAGAACUAAACGAAAUAGCUAAUUAUUGGAUUGUUACCUCCCUCAUAUAGUAUGAAGAAAAAUUAAGACUUCCAUUUGGUUUAUACUAAUACUGAAUAAGUCGUCAACCAAUGUGUUUUAUUUUAGAUAUCAAUGAAUGUUCUCUAUCGAUAGACAACUGUCAUACUAACGCUUCUUGUACUAACAUUGGCGGGUCUUUUGUCUGCACGUGUGACAGUGGAUACACUGGAAAUGGAACUGUUUGCGUAG